CAGCCCUUCUAUUCUCUUUAGCCCUGGAUAUAUUAGUUCAAAAUUCUGCCAACCAAGCUUUUGGCGAUAGAAUUUGCUUGGUGAUUAUCCAUUUCAGUUGUUCACAAAUUAUAGGGUUAUCACAAGUCAGGCAUUCAAGACAGUAUGGUAAAGGCAUGUUAUACACAAAGCUAUAAGCUAAUGCAUAUAGCUCGCUGCACAAUUUAUAAGCAAACAAUAAACAAACAUUGGGUUUUCUUGAACAAUCAUAACAAAGUGGCUAACUUGGACUUCGUGGUAGCAUCAAAUAAAUCUUGUUAGGCUAAAUUAAACCUUACCUAUUGAAACGCAGUGCUAUAAGAAGCUAAAGUAGAGAGCACGCCGCACUUUACUAUACUCAUACAAACAUUGGUGUUGAAUUUGAUAAAUAAUCGAAUAUUAGUUAAAUUUUGUUAAUACGUUUUGUUGUCAUGCAUAAUUGUUUCAUGCGUUUUUAUUAAAGAGCUCGAACUUGAUAAAAAAUUUUUUACUUAUAAUUAUAAAAAAAAAAAAAUCUGUUUUGUAUUGAAAAUAAGCAUUAAUUCUGAAAUGGGUACUAUUAAAUUUCCGCAUAUUUUUUAGAAGCUUCGUGCGGAAUGAUAGCAAUAAAACUUACUCUUUCAUUGAUAAACAACAAAACAUAAUCUUAAAGAUUGCUCAAGAAAACCUGUACCCACAAAGAUGUAAUUUAUUCAUUAUUUGUGUAAAAAACUAGUCAGAACGUACAAGUAGUUCCAUUUAAUAGGAAAGUUAUUUGUAAAACUUGCAUAAUAAAACUUACUCUAAGCAACCUAGCCAGUUUAAACACUAUGCUCUUCAUGAUUAAAUAUUCUCUCUUUUAAAAGACAGUUUUGUUCCUACCUUGAGGUAGUAUUGUUUAUGCAGUGAGAAUGAUAAAAUAUAUUUUAAUUAAUUUAGUUUAUUUGUGAGAAACCUUAUUCAUGCAGUAUGUGUGACAAAACAUUCACUCAAAACAGCAGCUUAAAUGAGCACUGUCUUAUUCAUACUAAAGAGAAACCAUAUCCCUGUGAUUUGUGUGCUAAAACAUUUAGGAAAAAAAGCACAUUAAAUCGACACUAUGUUGUUCAUACUGGAGUAAAACCUUAUUCAUGUAGUUUGUGUGAUAAAGCAUUCAGACAGAAAGCCAGUUUAAACGAACACUAUGCUAUACAUACUGGAGCAAAAUCAUUCUCAUGUACUGUGUGUAAUAAAACAUUCACACGGCAAGCAAGUUUAAAUGACCAUUUUGUUCUUCAUACUGGAGAAAAGCCUUAUUCAUGCAGUGUGUGUCAUAAAACAUUCAGAUGGAAAACUAGUUUAAAUAAACACUAUGUUGUGCAUACUGGAGAGAAACCUUAUGCAUGCAGUUUAUGUGAUCAGACAUUUACAGAUAAAUCUAAUUUAAACAAGCACUCUCUUAAUCAUACUGGGAUGAAGCCUUAUUCAUGUAGCAUAUGCGAUGCAACUUUCACACGUAAAGCUACAUUAAAUGAACAUUCUGUUGUGCAUACAGGAGAGAAACCUUAUUCAUGUAGUGUUUGUGCUAAAACAUUCACACACAAAGCCAGUUUAAGUAAACAUUAUGUUGUUCAUACUGGAGAAAAGCCAUAUUCAUGCAAUAUAUGCGAUAAAGCAUUCACACAGAAAAUUAAUUUAAAUAAACAUUCUGUUGUUCAUACUUCAAAGAAAACUAAUUCAUGUACUAUGUGCUAUAAAACAUUCACAUGGAAAGCUGACUUAAAUGAUCACUAUUUUGCUCAUGGAGGAAAAAAACCUUAUUCGUGUAGUAAAUGCAAUAAAACAUUCACAAGGAGAGCUAAUUUAAAUAGACACUGUGCUGUUCAUAUUGGAGAGAAGCCUUAUUUAUGUAAUAAGUGUGAUAGAACAUUCACACGCAAAGCCGGUUUAAAUAAACACUCUGCUAUUCAUGCUGUAGAGGUGCUAUUCUCAUGUUAAACAAAACAUUCACACUCAAAUCCAGUUUAAAAAGACAUUCACUUGUUCAUACUGGAGAGAAAACUUAAUGCUGUGUGAGAUAAAGCAUUGACACAGAAAGAUAAUUUAAAUAAACUCUAAAUUGUACCGGUAUGUAAGAGCAUGAAAAACUUAAGUUUAUAUGCAGAAUAUACGAUAGUAUGCUUGUGUUUAAAUGUACCACUGGGCAGGUAAGUGCUGAAGGCUAGAUUGUCUAAUAGAGAUGAUGCUGGAUAUAACCACAUCUGCUAUCCAUUUAGAAAUAAACAUUAUUAUACUUGAGUGUACGAAAAUAUAUAUUAUUUAAUCAUAACUAGAAUAAUGAAAUUUGCUUAAACUACACUAUACUUCAACAAUAAUUAGGAAAGUUUACGAAUGAUUAAUAGUAAAUGGGUAUACAAUGAAAUACACCACUUCUCAAUUUUCCUGGGUAUUAUUUCUAGUAAUACAAGCAAGUAACUAGAUUUUCUGAAUAGAAUCAGCUUUUUAGUGUGAAUAAUUCAAGUAGUUGUACUUUAUAUAUCCAAUUAAAAAAAAUUAUAUUCAUAGAAUCUAUUCUAUAUUAUAAAAAUAACUAUAUGUUGUUAAAACAUCAAAAAAAAAGUUUUUUUUUUUGCAUUGGCAAUAAAGAAAUAAAAUAUCAAGCAAAUGAGCAAGCAUAAGCAUCAGGGUAUAUAUUAUCGAUUUGAAAUAUUUCAAUCACUUGAUUUAUCUUUAAAAAAUAACCAUUUAUUUAAAUCAACUGAAUUUUAAACUAUUAAUUUAAGUCAAAAGUAUUUUAUUUACAGUAAAAUUUAUAUAUAUUUAGUUUGAUUUCAUGCAUGUUUUUUUUUCUCCGAUUUACUUGAAGAUAAUAUAUUAUUUUCCAGGAAGUAUUAGAAAGAAGUUUUGGUCUAAAUCCGGAAAUUAUCAGCUAAAUUGUCUGUCAUUAAAAAAAAAAAAUAUUGAAAAAUUACAUUUGUUAUUUCAUUUUCUUGUUAAUUUCUGAGAUUGUAAUAUUGUUAUUGUAUUCAAUAAAACAUUUGUAUGGCGA